UGGACCAGAUUGAGAAAGAAAGUGGCUGCAUAUCCUAGACCUGCAUUUUUUUUUCCUAUCACAUUUGCAGUGAAAUAUGUGAGAAAAUAUGGAUAAAUACACCACCAUAGUCUAAAGCAUCUCUCUAUUAUCCUGUACACAAUCAUCAUUUCUCAUCCUGAAACAGUCUACAUUUCUCCUUCAACUUCCAGCACAGCCGCCUUCAUCUGAUACACGAGUAUGAGGCCUGAGAACCAGAGCAAUGGAUUCGAAUUCCUCCUCCUGGGGCUCCCCAUCCGGCCAGAGCAGCGGGGAGUGAUCUUUGCCCUGUUCCUGGGUGUGUACCUGACCACAGUGCUGGGGAACCUGCUCAUCAUCCUGCUCAUCAGGCUGGACUCCCGCCUCCACACCCCCAUGUACUUCCUCCUCAGCCACUUGGCCUUCACUGACAUUGCCUUCUCGUCGGUCACUGUGCCAAAGAUGCUGCUGAGCAUGCACACCCAACACCUUGCCAUCCCCUAUAAGGGCUGCAUUUCACAGACAUAUUUUUUCAUAUUCUUUGCUGACUUAGAUAGUUUCCUUAUCACUUCAAUGGCCUAUGACAGAUAUGUGGCCAUCUGUCACCCUCUGCAUUAUGCAACCAUCAUGAGUCAGAGCCUUUGUAUCACGCUCGUCGCUGGGGCCUGGGUCAUUGCUUACGCAUGCGCUCUUCUGCAUACCCUCCUUCUGGCCCGGCUUUCCUUCUGCGUUCACCACAUUAUCCCCCACUUUUUCUGUGACCUUGGUGUGCUGCUCAAGUUGUCUUGCUCAGACACCUCCCUCAACCAGCUGGUGAUCUUCACUGCAGGGUUGAUGGCCAUUAUACUUCCGUUCCUAUGCAUUCUGGCUUCUUAUGUGCGUAUUGGGAUCGCCAUCCUCCGGGUUCCCGCCACCCAGGGCGUCUGUAAAGCCUUGUCCACCUGUGGAUCCCACCUCUCAGUGGUGACUCUCUAUUAUGGCACAAUUAUUGGUCUCUACUUUCUUCCCUCAUCCAGCAACGCCAAUGACAACAACAUAAUUGCUUCUGUGAUAUACACAGUGGUCACGCCCAUGUUGAACCCCUUCAUUUAUAGCCUGAGAAAUAAAGACAUGAAAGGGGCUUUAAGAAAACUCUUGAGAAAGAAAACCCAUCCUCCCAAAUGAUACUUAGCUUUCAUUAGAGCAGCCACAUGAUCCUGUUUUCUUAAUAACAUAAAUACAAAUUAUUGAAAAUAUAGCUUACUUGUCUUCCUUCUACAACUGUCACUCUGAAAUGCCUUUCUGAUAUCUUACACCUGUUCCGAGGUAUAUAAAGUCAGAUUAUAAAAAAUAAUUUAUUUACUUGAGAGACAGAGCUUCCACCUACUGGCUCACUCCCCCUGUGGUCCAAUAGGUGUGUCUGGGCUAUGCCAAAGCCAGGAGCCAGAUGCUAAAUCUAGGUGGUCUACAUGGGUGGCAGGGACUCAACUACCAAGCCAUCGCCUGCUGCCUCCAAGAGUGCACAUUUACAGGAAGUUAGAAUCAGGAACAGAGCUUGCACUCAAAUCCAGGCACCUUCAUAUGGAAUGCAGGUGUCUCAACCAAUGUCUUAAUCACUAGACCAAAUGCCUGCUCCAGGGUAGAUUUUAUAGAACUUCAUUUGCUCUUUUCUUGGACAACAAGAUUAGAAAAUUGUUUGAGGGUGCUAUGUUGCUUAGACUCAUAUU